AUGGAGGGAAACGGCAUGGGCCAGGAGAAUGCGGAUGAAGCUCCCAUUCGGAGACCGGUGUCCUCCUUACUAUCCCACUUCGAAAACCUCUCGCACCGCAAAACUCAAUCCACUGUCGGAAAUGGCUCGCAUGAUCUUACCCAGCGCUUCCUGAGAACCCCCGAACCCGGUGAUGAUCCCCGGUCUUCAAGCCGCGCCUCCUUAGAUCUACCUCGGCCACAUUCUCCAUGGACCACAGCGGCCGAUGAACGACAGGGACGCCGAACUGAGCAAGCCAACGGCGAGCAGUUGCGAGCUCGCGAAUCUCCUGGAGCUCGAUAUGGCCGGCCCAUCUCCAUGAACUUCAACCAGUCCUCACCACAGCUUGCGCCUACCUUGACCGUUCACUCACCUCAAUCGCCGCCGCGGAGUCUCGAGCGGGAGCUACACAACGCUCAACAGGAUAAUAAACAUAUGGUUAGACCCCCAGUACAUAGAGCUAGAGAGUCUGUGUCUGCUGGUCCAGCUGCCUCUCGACCCGUGACGCCGCAGUACGAGUCUUCUACUCCGACAGGAGAGACAAAUGCGCGGCUCUUACCCAAUGCUCCAGGACUGAAUGGCAGUAGCCCGCAAUCGGAGCGCAAGUUAAAGAGCGCAUCACUGCCACCGCCGGUGAACCGGGCAGACAAGCCUAAGAUCCCGGCCAAACCGGCAAUGUUUUCCCAUCCGGAUACAAGCUCCUUAGCUCCUCGGCCUGAUCCCGUCUUGUCUGAGGAUCAUGUGUCUCCAUUCAGCACUCCUCCCAGUAGCCCGGACAAGCCCUUAAACAAACCGGUAUCGGCUGGCAAGCCACGACCGUCGCCUUCACGGCCUGGAACGGAGCCUCCGGUUCGUCGCUCGUUUGACGAACGAUCGCCCGCGCCAUCCAUCUAUGCCAGGCAAGAUGCUAGAGAAAUCGCCUUCUCUAGGACUCGUCCGAUCCCUGAACCCCCGAGGGCCACUAGACCUCUCAUGGUGCAAAUCCCGCCGACUUCUCCUGCACCCCAGGAAACUUUUACUGCUCCUCCGCUUUCUUCACAAAGGCUUCGGGCUAGCGACAACCCCCCUGAUCGUCCGGGUCUUCCCCCAAGGCCUACGCUGACUCCUCGUAGGAGUGGAUUCUCUCCUGCGCGAGAUUCGCGAGAUUCUCCAGUGCCUGUGGCCAACCCAGCCCAGAUGACACCAAUUUCACGGUCUGCUUCUUCUUACCCUCCUAUAGGCGAGGCACCAAUUCAGCGCGGCAUCCAACGACAGCAAUCCUUUCCUCGUGAAUCGCAUCUACCAUCAACAUUACAAGAGCGUCGAAUGGUGCGGACAGAUACGGACGAAGAGGAACUUCCUGCCGAUGAGAUUACGAUCUCACGGACCGACUAUCCCGAUUCUUCAAAGGCCAACCGGCGUCCUCCGCUCUUAAAAUCAGGGCCCAUAGAGAUCCUUACACGGUACGACACCCGACUGCUUGCUGUAUGCGGAAAAUAUGUGUGCACCACCGGAUACUUAACUCGCGUUUGGGAUCUCACCACUGGCGAGCAAGUUCUGAGCAUCAGCCAUGGAGAAACAGUCAAGAGUUUGUCUUUAGCGUUUAAGCCUGGCAAUGGUCUUGAAGAUGAGGGCAAACGUAUUUGGCUUGGUACCAGCGCUGGAGAGCUGCACGAAGUCGACAUUGCAUCCCAAUCUAUUGUCGCUAGCCGAUCUUACCCAUCUCGCAGAGAAGUCGUUCAAAUCCUACGCCAUAAUAAAGAAAUGUGGACUAUAGAUGACGAGGGCCGGUUAUUAGUCUGGUUGCCAGAUGAGACUGGUGUUCCCAAUUUACAGUACAGCUACCACAGUCCCCAUGAGCGAGUGGCUCGUGGCCAAUUCUCCAUGGUGGUGGAUGAUACGCUUUGGCUGGCAGCUGGCAAAGACGUUUACAUCUACCGACCAAGCGCGCGUGAUGACUCCACAUUCAAGGUUUUCAAGCGCCCAUUGGGUCUGCAACAUUCGGGUGACGUGACUUGUGGUACAUAUACCACCCAGGAGGGCGGCCGUGUGUAUCUUGGGCAUGCGGACGGCAAAGUAACGAUUUACUCGUCAACCGACUAUGCGUGCCUAGCUGUUGUCAAUGUCAGUGUUUACAAGAUCAACUGUCUCGGCUUUGUUGGUAACUAUUUGUGGGCGGGCUAUAAGACUGGUAUGAUCUACGUUUAUGACACAAGAACCAACCCCUGGACCGUGAAGAAGGACUGGCGCGCGCAUGACAGUCCUGUUUGUGACUUUGUGCUAGACACGAGCAGCGUCUGGACGAUCAAUCGUUUGCAGGUGACAUCUCUUGGCACCGACAACUGCAUUCGCAUCUGGGAUGGAAUGCUAGAGGAUGACUGGUUAGAUGCUCGAAUGCAAAACCGAGAUGUGGAGUUUUGCAAAUUCCGCGAAUUACGUGCUGCCGUGAUUACUUGGAACGCUGGUGCUUCAACCCCUGGCAGUUUGCGCACGUCUGAUUUCAUCCGCGAUGCCGUCCAGCCAGAGAACCCUCCCGAUAUUGUAGUGUUUGGAUUCCAAGAACUUGUCGACCUCGAGAACAAGAAGAUCACAGCAAAGAGCUUACUGAAGAGUAGCAAGAAGAAGGAGAAUGGCGAGAAGGAACACAUGAGCCGGCAGUACCGGGUAUGGGCUGACCAUCUCACCCGGACUCUGCAUGAAUGUAUGCCUCUCGAGGAAUCUUAUGUUCUUCUCCACACUGCCAACAUGGUGGGACUCUUCACCUGUGUUUUUGUCAAACAUACCGAACGCCACAAUAUCAAGAGCAUCAACGCUUCCGAGAUUAAGCGGGGCAUGGGUGGCUUGCACGGCAAUAAGGGCGCUCUUGUCUUCCGCUUUGUUCUAGACGACACCUCGAUGUGCUUUGUCAACUGCCAUCUUGCGGCUGGUCAAACACAGACCGCUCACCGUAACAACGACAUUGCCGCGAUCCUCGAAGCAGAAACCUUGCCCGCUGAAAACAGUCUUACCACACGUAUAAAUCAAUACGCCAGUGGAGGCGACGGAUCCAUGAUCAUGGACCAUGAGAUCUGUAUCUUAAACGGGGACCUGAAUUACCGCAUUGACUCUAUCCCACGCAAUGUCAUUAUCGACGCUGUCCGCCAAAACAACCUCUCAAAACUUCUCGAACGCGACCAACUUCUAGCAUCCCGCCGCAAGAACCCCGGCUUCCGACUUCGCAGUUUCACUGAAGCCCCCAUCACCUUUGCCCCGACCUAUAAAUACGACGUCGGUACUGACCAGUACGAUUCGAGCGACAAGAAGCGCUCCCCCGCCUGGUGCGACCGCGUUCUCUACCGUGGAGCCGGCCGCGUCAAGCAGCUUGAGUAUCGACGACACGAGGUCCGUGCUUCCGACCACCGGCCCGUCAGUGCAACGUUCAAGGUUCGCGUUAAAACCGUGCUGCCGCAGGAACGGGCCAUCGCGUGGGAAGCGUGCCAGCAGGAGUUUCAGGAAGAGAAACGGCGGCUGGCUUCUGAAGCUAGCAUUGAGUAUCUCAUUACUGUCCUCGGUACCGAUCCCCGCCAAGCCCGUGCGCUGAUCCUGAAGGGUUAA